GGCGUCCGAUCAGGAACAAUGUCUUCCACCACCACCACCACCACCACGGCGCAGCCGAUCACGGCCGAGACCAUCUUGAGUCUGUUCCCGGACAUUGACACCAGUGGAGAGGCUCUGGACGGCCACGAUGAGGAGCAGAUCAGACUCAUGGAUGAGGUGUGCAUUGUCGUCGAUGAGAAUGACAUGCCCAUCGGAAAGGGCAGCAAGAAGAUUUGCCACCUCAUGACCAACAUAGAAAAGGGCCUUUUGCACCGUGCCUUUUCUGUCUUCCUCUUCAACGACAAGAACGAGCUGCUCCUCCAGCAGCGCGCGACGGAAAAGAUCACCUUCCCCGACAUGUGGACCAACACCUGCUGCUCGCACCCCCUCGGCAUACCGGGCGAGACGGGAUCAAACCUUCCGGACUCCAUCAUGGGCGUCAAGCGUGCGGCGCAGCGCAAGCUGGACCACGAGCUCGGCAUCAAGAAGGAGCAGGUGCCGCUCGAGAACUUCCACUUCCUCACUCGCAUACACUACAAGGCCCCCAGUGACGGCAAAUGGGGUGAGCACGAGGUCGACUACAUCCUCUUCAUCAAGGCCAAUGUGGACCUCGACAUCAACAAGAAUGAGGUCCAGGCCACGCAAUAUAUCUCGGCAGAUGGUCUCAAGGCCUUCUUCAAGGACCCCGCAGCCAAGUUCACCCCGUGGUUCAAGCUAAUAUGCGAGUCGAUGCUCUUCGAGUGGUGGCAGCACCUAGACUCUGGCCUGGAGAAGUACACCAACGAGCAGGAAAUCCGAAGAAUGCUCUAA